UUUAAUAUCAGAGUAUCUUUUAUCUUUAUUUUUUUUUGAACUGCUUGGAUAAUUUCCUAUUCCGGGAAUGUCGUCGACAGUCGACUCGCAGGACAUCGAAAAGGGCGCCGAUGCCACGGACUUUGCCCAUCUAACUAACAACGUGGUGCAAAACUUUAGCUGGGAAAAUGUUACUGUUACAGUCAAAGACCGGGCUUCGAAACAGCCGCUUGACAUCCUAUCUAAUGUCAGCGGUAUCUUGGAGGCGGGCGAGAUCCUCGCGUUGAUGGGCCCCAGUGGCUCCGGAAAGACGACUUUGCUCAAUGUACUGGCUCAUCGGGCGGCCACGCCAAAGGCUACUAUGCAGCAGGACCUGCGUAUCAAUGGGGAGCCCACGACUCUGGCUUCCUUCAGGAAACUGAGUAGCUAUGUUGAGCAGGAGGAUGCUCUGGUGGGGUCUCUGACCGUCAGGGAGACUAUGUAUUUUGCAGCUCAACUUGCACUGCCUAGAUCGAUUAGCAAGGCCGCGCGCAAAGAACGCAUCUCAAGUCUCCUAUCCUCGUUUGGACUCCAGAACCAAGCCGACACUCUAAUCGGGACACCGAUCCGCAAGGGCGUGUCAGGCGGCCAGAAGCGGCGUGUGAGCGUAGCCAGUCAACUCAUUACGAGCCCCAAAAUCCUGUUCCUCGACGAGCCGACCAGCGGCCUGGAUUCGGCUGCGAGUUUCGAGGUGAUGAACUUUGUCAAGAAUAUCGCCAAGAAGUAUAAAGUCCUGGUUAUUGCGUCGAUCCAUCAGCCGUCGACGACCACGUUUGAGCUUUUCGAUAAGCUCAUGCUCAUAAGCAGGGGCAAGGUCGUGUAUAAUGGUGCUGUCAAGGAGCUGAAAGGUUACUUUGCAGGUCUGGGAUACGAAAUUCCUCUGUAUACCAAUCCCGCUGAAUUCGUCAUCGAUCUUGUCAACACAGACUUCGCAUCUGACAACGACUCGGCGACUCAGCGCCUCAACGACCUGCACACUUCGUGGGCCAAUUCCCCUACCGCAAUCGCCGUAUCCGAGCGAAUCCACGCGGCGUCCGCAAACGCGACAAGCAUCUCUACGUCCAUGUCACUCCAUGCGACCGCCAGCCGCGCCAGCAUCCCCUUCACACUGAUCCACCGGUCCUUCAUAAAAUCAUACCGCGACAUAGUCGCCUACGGGAUCCGGAUCGCCAUGUACAUGGGCCUCGCGAUCAUGAUGGGCACAGUAUGGCUGCGGCUGUCCCCCACGCAAACCAACAUCCAAGCCUUCACCAACGCCAUCUUCUUCGGCGGGGCAUUCAUGUCCUUCAUGGCGGUUGCCUACAUCCCCGCGUACCUGGAGGAUCUCGCCAUGUACAGCAAAGAGCGUGCGAAUGGGCUCUACGGCCCCACCUCGUUUAUGCUCGCCAACUUCAUCAUCGGCAUCCCGUACCUCUUCCUCAUCACCAUUCUCUUCAGCAUCAUCAGCUACUGGCUCGGCAACUUCCGGCCCUCCGCCGACGGCUUCUGGAUGUGGGUUUUAUGGCUGUUUCUCGAUCUCCUCGCUGCCGAGUCGCUUGUCGUGCUGCUCGCCUCUCUCAUCCCCAUCUUCGUUGUCGCACUAGCCGCAACCGCCUUCGCGAACGGCCUGUGGAUGUGUGUAAAUGGGUUUAUGGUCCAGCCUGAGACGCUCAAUGUCUUUUGGCGCUACGUCUUUCACUACAUCGAUUACCAGGCUUAUGUCUUUCGCGGCAUGAUGGUGAAUGAGUUUGGUAAGAGGAAUUAUGCCUGUCAGAGACUGGCUGAUGGGACGUGCCAGUGCAUGUAUCCGAGUGCGCUGCAGGAUCAGUGCUUGGUUGAGGGAAAGGCUGUGUUGAGCGUGUAUGGGUUUAACACGGGUAAUGUGGGAAAGUAUGUCGGGUAUAUGCUUGUUAUUGUGUUUGCGUAUAGGUUGUUUGGGUGGAUGGUGUUGAGGCUGAGGAAGCAUUGAGUGUGCGGUUUGGGGGAGGGACAAAUGGAAUUUCCUUGGUAGUCUAGAUAACAAGAUAGACAUAUUUUUUU